AUGUACCAGGACUCGAUCAGGCUGCUGGACAACGUCAACGCGUCCGCUCCUUUUCUCGUCGAGCUCGGCUUUCUCCACAUCAACGUGACAAGAGACCCCGAAGCCGCGAGGGCCGUCUUCGACCAGGCCCUGGACAGCGGGUCCACCGGCUGGCCGUACGCCGUGAUGGGCGAGGCGCCCGAGGCCACGCUGGACACCGCCGACACCUUCCAGAGCGAGAUCCUGUACCGCCUCUUCCGGGAGUCUGCAGACGUGAAGCGCAAGCGGCAGCUUCUGGCCGCGAUCGAGGGGCUUCUGAUGUGGCCCCUCGCGCUGGACGUGCCGCCGAUUUCGAACACUGCUGUGCUGUAUCAGCAGGUCGUCCUCGCCCGGAUGUUUCUCAAACUGGGUCCGGCCGAGAAGUUUCACCAGACGCUGCAGGGCGUCGUCGACCCCUGCAUGGGGGCCCUCAGUGACAACGUGGGCUGGAAUGACCGGGAUAAUCUGGUCUGCUUGGCGACGUCGCUGGGCAUUCUCGGCGGGACCGUCAAGGACGGCCAGGGGCUCAAGAGAGCAGCGCAGAUCCUCCCAUCUGCGCAAAGUCUCGUCUGGACCCAACUUGAAGGACGAGAACGCGAUGUAUGA